UGUUAGUUGCAGAUCCAAGUGCUAAUGCUGUGAACUAUGAUGCAUGAGCGAAAACUGAUGCAUCCGCAACGUUGCAGCUUUCACGACCAGAGUCCUCUCCGCCUUCAAGAAAGAAACUAGGAAGAUCUGAAGAGAGUUAAUUAUAGGGACAAAAUAAACCCUGACCGGCCGAAGCUUGAAGUAAACGCUAGAAUGGUGACGGUUGCAGACUCAGAAGAGAAACCUGAGUUAUCACCAAUGGAAAAUCAACAGACGCCAUGGAUUGAGUACGCAGUUCAGCAGGCUCAGCUUGUCCAGAAAACAAUCCAAGAGACAGUCGAUUCCACCAUAGAAGUCGCUGGAUCUCGUCUAUCUGAAAUACGUUCCACUUCCUCUGCUCAUCUCCACCAAACCCUAGACAAUCUGCAAGAUAUCAAGUCUGAGUUCAAUACUUAUGAAGAUGUUUUCUUUGGGAAGAUAAAAGAUGGUUUAACUCUUGCAGCUCUGCAUCCUAUGAUUACGUGUGGCGUGGCAGCUGGAGUGGGGCUCGUGGCAUUAAAAAGACCAAGGCUUUUCUUAUACCACAGUACCCUGCGCCUUUUCAUGAGUGAAGAGUCCUUGCUUGCUAGAGCAGACUCUAAAGUGAAGGCGUUGCGACAAUCUAUUGCCCUCAUGAAAGCUGAAAGUGAAAAAUUGGAGAAGAGGGCAUUACAAGCAGAACAGGAGAUGAAGCGGGGAAGAACUAAACUUAGACAGGCCGGAAAUCAAAUCCAGGGUGUAAUUCGUUCAGCCUAUAAGAUUGAAAGACAAGCAAGAGGUUUGAAAGAUAUUCUUAAAGAGCUUCCUAGCAGAGAAGCAUCUCGAUUUCGAUCACAGGUGUCUAGCCUUGCUUCUGAGGCAAAGCGAGAGAGAAAUGCUCUGACCAAAGAGGUCUCAAAAAUUAGUAACUAUGGAAUUUCAGUCUAAUUGUUCCCUAUGUUGUUGCUUGUGCAUUGGGUUUCUAUUACUCCAUAACCAUAUGGGAACUAAAAUGUGAAGAGAGGUGGAAUAUGUUCUUCACAAACUGUUGCAAAUAAGGUGCAAAUUUGGAAGAUUUUGCCUCUAACUUUGUCAAUAGAAGGGAAUCUGUCAUUGUCAGAACAAUAGUAUGAAUAACAAUUAUUUUACCAUGUUGGUGAGAUGUUGGUCAAUAAUUUCAA